UUUUCACAUACCGGACACGCCUUUACUCUGAACCGAAGAAGCUUUGAGAUGAUUAAACGGUGUCGUUUUAGCGUUUGUUGAUGGUGGACUGGGCUAGCCUUACAAAACGUGCUGCCCUUUUGUGAUUUGCCAUAUUACAUCGCACCAAUCAUGAUAUACUACAAUUUACGGUCUCCGAAAAGCUUCAAUUCCGGAUCUCUCUCUCUUCACUCGCUGGCUGUGUGCUGAUUCCAUAUGCAAUCACCAUCAUCAGCUACGACAGAACCAGAGCAGCUCAAGUCAACCCCAAAUCAAAUGGCUUUGGUCCCAGCAAACCCAGCCAACGAUGGAACCAUACUCGCAGAGGUUGAAAUGGGCGCUGACCCCUCCGCGCCUAUAGUUCGAGCCACCGUCGUCCAAGCCUCCACCGUCUUCUACGACACCCCUGCUACUCUGGAGAAGGCUGAGAGGUUAUUGGCGGAGGCAGCGGGGUAUGGGUCCCAGCUUGUAGUGUUCCCGGAGGCUUUCGUUGGAGGCUAUCCGCGUGGUUCAACUUUUGGCGUUGCGAUUGGGAAUAGAACGCUUAAGGGCAAGGAGGAAUUCCGCAAGUACCACGCUUCCGCCAUUGAUGUGCCCGGUCCUGAAGUUGACCGGUUGGCAGCAAUGGCUGGGAAGUACAAGGUGUACUUAGUGAUGGGUGUUAUAGAAAGAGAUGGAUAUACUCUGUAUUGUACUAUCCUUUUCUUUGAUUCUCAAGGUCAUUACUUGGGGAAGCACCGCAAACUCAUGCCAACAGCAUUGGAGCGUAUAAUCUGGGGAUUUGGGGAUGGAUCAACAAUUCCAGUGUUUGAGACUCCAAUUGGAAAAAUAGGUGCUGCCAUUUGUUGGGAAAAUAAAAUGCCACUGCUAAGGACUGCAAUGUAUGCUAAAGGCAUUGAAAUAUAUUGUGCACCUACAGCUGAUUCCAGAGAGACUUGGCUAGCAAUAAUGACCAACAUUGCUCUUGAAGGUGGAUGUUUUGUUUUAUCAGCCAAUCAGUUCUGUCGAAGAAAAGAUUAUCCCCCUCCUCCAGAGUACGUAUUUGCUGGGACGGAAGAGGAUCUCACACCUGAUUCUGUUGUUUGUGCUGGAGGCAGUGUAAUCAUAUCACCAUCUGGAACUGUUCUUGCUGGACCCAACUAUGAUGGAGAGGCACUUAUCUCUGCAGAUUUAGAUCUUGGAGAAAUAGCACGGGCAAAAUUUGACUUUGACGUGGUAGGCCAUUAUUCAAGGCCGGAAGUUCUCAGCUUGAUUGUGAGGGACCAUCCAACAAACCCAGUUACAUUCACAUCUGAAUCCGCAAAAACUGAAGGCCCUCAGAAAUAAUUGCUGCCUUUGCCUAAUAGAAAAUCACAGUUGUUUUGCAAGAAAUGGUGCCAUCUAUCUAAAUAACCAGAUGUAUGGUUACUGUUGUAACUUUCCUGUAUGUAACCUCUCCUACCAAAAGCUGAUGUUUUUUCUGUAGUUGAUGUAAGUUCUUCUUUCAAAAUAAGCUGGUUGUUUGUGCUCAUUCCAACCUACAUGUCAGUACAUAAUUAUUUUGGCCAGUCUUUUAAUGGUAUUGCUCGAGUCUGAUUCUGUCGUGA